CGCGUCCUCUCUCGCUCUCUGCGCAGCGGAAACAUGGCGGCGGGAAGGGAGUGAGCCGCCCGCCGCCGCUGCGCCCGCAGUAAUAGACUGGAAUGAUGUUAGGAAACACAAAUAUGGUCACCUAUCAGAGUCUGCAUCCCAAUAUCAAGAAGCAACUGACAUCCUGGAGCUAGGUCAUUUUACCUGGGACAAAUACCUAAAAGAAACAUGUUCAGUCCCAGCGCCUGUCCAUUGCUUCAAGCAGUCCUAUACACCUCCAAGCAACGAGUUCAAGAUCAGCAUGAAAUUGGAAGCACAGGACCCCAGGAACACCACAUCCACUUGUAUUGCCACAGUAGUUGGACUGACAGGUGCUCGCCUCCGCCUUCGCCUUGAUGGCAGUGACAACAAGAAUGACUUCUGGCGGCUGGUUGACUCAGCUGAAAUUCAGCCCGUUGGGAACUGUGAGAAGAAUGGGGGUAUGCUGCAGCCCCCUCUGGGAUUUCGGCUGAAUGCCUCCUCUUGGCCCAUGUUCCUUUUGAAGACACUAAAUGGAGCAGAGAUGGCUCCCAUCAGGAUUUUCCACAAGGAACCACCAUCACCUUCCCACAACUUCUUCAAAAUGGGAAUGAAGCUAGAAGCUGUGGACAGGAAGAACCCUCAUUUCAUUUGCCCAGCCACUAUUGGAGAGGUGCGGGGCUCAGAGGUGCUUGUCACUUUUGAUGGGUGGAGAGGGGCCUUUGACUACUGGUGCCGCUUCGACUCCCGGGACAUCUUCCCUGUAGGCUGGUGUUCCUUGACUGGAGACAACCUACAGCCGCCUGGCACUAAAGUUGUGAUUCCAAAGAAUCCCUAUCCUACACCUGAUGUGAACACUGAGAAGCCCAGCAUCCACAGCAGCACCAAAACUGUCUUGGAGCAUCAACCAGGGCAGAGGGGGCGUAAACCAGGAAAGAAGCGGGGCCGGACAGCCAAGCCCCCCAUUCCCCAUCCCAUCUCUACCCCAUCCAAGUCAGCUGAACCUUUGAAAUUCCCAAAGAAGAGGGGUCCCAAACCUGGCAGUAAGAGGAAACCUCGGACUUUGCUGAACCCACCACCCACCUCACCAACAACCAGCACCCCCGAACCGGAUACCAGCACUGUACCCCAAGAUGCUGCCACCAUCCCCAGCUCAGCCAUGCAGGCCCCCACAGUUUGUAUUUACCUGAACAAGAACGGCAGCACAGGACCCCAUUUAGAUAAGAAGAAGGUCCAGCAGCUCCCUGACCAUUUUGGGCCAGCCCGUGCCUCCGUGGUAUUGCAGCAGGCUGUCCAGGCUUGCAUUGACUGUGCUUAUCACCAGAAAACCGUCUUCAGCUUCCUCAAACAAGGCCAUGGUGGUGAGGUGAUCUCAGCCGUGUUUGACCGGGAGCAGCACACGCUCAAUCUCCCAGCAGUCAACAGCAUCACCUACGUCCUCCGCUUCCUGGAAAAACUCUGCCACAACCUUCGCAGUGACAAUCUAUUUGGCAACCAGCCCUUUACACAGACUCAUUUGUCACUCACCACCACAGAGUACAGCCACAGCCACGACAGGUACCUACCAGGUGAAACCUUUGUUCUGGGGAACAGUCUGGCCCGGUCCUUGGAGCCCCACUCAGACUCAAUGGACUCUGCCUUGAAUUCCACCAACCUUGUCAACACCCCGCAAAAUCUUCGAACCCCUGGGUACCGGCCUUUGUUUCCACCCUGUGGCCUCCCACUGAGCACUGCCUCAGCUGUGCGCAGGUUGUGCUCCAGGGGAGUGUUAAAAGGAUCAAUGAAGCAGGGUGUAGGAUCGUUUUGGAAACCAAAUCACUCCCCAGGGUCAGAACGAUACCUGGAAAGCCGGGAUGCCUCUCGACUGAGUGGCCGAGACCCCUCCUCAUGGACAGUCGAGGACGUGAUGCAGUUUGUCCGGGAGGCUGAUCCUCAGCUUGGACCCCAUGCUGACCUCUUCCGCAAACACGAGAUUGACGGCAAGGCCCUGCUCCUGCUGCGCAGUGACAUGAUGAUGAAGUACAUGGGUCUGAAGCUGGGGCCCGCACUCAAGCUCUGCUACCACAUUGACCGACUGAAGCAGGGCAAGUUCUGAACAGAGAGACGCCUCAGGCUCGACCACUGAGGGUCAGACAGAUGGGGGCGGCAUUCUCUCCCAGGAAAGAGGGCCGUCAGCCUGUUCCCGGGUGCCUCAGGACUCCAGGAGGCUGUGUGGAGCCACCACUACUACCCCUCCUGCCAUGAUAGGUCCUUCCAUGAAGGAUGCAGAGGGAGAGUGUGGGGACCAGGGCCGGCGCUGCUCUUCCCCUCAGCCCUGCCUCAGCCCAGAGGGCCCCCUGUAUUUAUUUCUCAAGCCUGGCCAGCUCUCACCAGGACUCAGACUGAACACCUUCCAAGUGAUGGAGGAAGGGGCUGACCCCUGCAGCCUCCGAUGAUGGGGCCCUGAAUGAUACCCAUACCACAUCCCUUCACCACCUGCUGGGCCUGGUGUGCGCCCCAUUCCCCACAGCUCUGCCUUCUUCUUACAAGAUCCCCAGACUCCAAACUCAUGGUGCAAACCUCUACCUUUUUUCAAAAAAGAUCUUAUUGUUAAUUUAUUUUUUCUGGCACUUCGGCAAGCCUUCCAGUUCAUACUACAGUUGUCCCUCCAGACACUGGGUUUCAGGAGGAGAGUGACUGCCCUGCCCUGGUCCCAGAGAGAUGUGGUCCCUUGCUAGAGGACAUUACACUAGGGCCAACUUUCUCUUUAGAAUGGACAGACCCACAAGGCCAUGACCACAUCUCUCACCAUGAGGAAGAGAGGAGCCCCAUCACCUUCCCCUCUCCUCCUGCACUGGGCCCAUAUUGUCCCCCACCAUAACACCUUGCCCUGGCCAGAACUGCUGCGGAAGGUUAGGCCCAAUGAUUUCAGGCCAAGAAGGCCCUAAGGUAGGUAGAAAGAAAGGGUCUCCAAGCUAGAGCUUGGUUGCACCCACUCCACUGUCCUUAUGCUUCCUUUGUAAGCAAGUCAGCUGCACAGCUGCCCCUGCUGCCAUCUGGAUUUAUUUUAUGUUAAUUUGUUUAUAAAUAAAAAGCAAUAUAGA